GGUCCUGCGUCAGCUAGAGCCUGUAGGCGAUUGGGGGACGCUUGAGUUUUUCCUUUUUUUGACAUAUUAUAAAGUGACUCCAUCCACUUCGUACCACACUGCCUCAGGUGGAGAGCUCGCCAGCUCUUCAUGUCCAUCUACUUCAGUAACCCGCUGAAGACGACGUUCUCCUGGGAGGCAAAUUGCUCUGCUCCGCUAUAAAUACUUGGUGAGCAAACCAAAGCACUUCAGCUAGCCCACACUCGAUUGAAAACAGCAUCUAUCCCAUGGCGCUGUUCCUGAAGCUCUGCAGUUUGCUUCUGGCUCUCAGCCCUGGCCUCUUCCUGACCAUCAGGGCAGAAUGCAGCAAGGAUUGCACCUCUUGCACCUUCCGUCUGGGACAACAUGCGGACAUCAAUCCAUUGGCUUGCACAUUAGAAUGUGAAGGGAAAUUGCCAUCUGCCAAAGCCUGGGACACCUGUAAGGAGCUUCUGCAACUGACCAAGAUGGAUCUUUCUCAGGAAAGUACCAACAACCAAGGAGAAAGCAAACAAGAUGAGAGUCAUCUUCUAUCCAAAAAGUAUGGGGGCUUCAUGAAAAGAUAUGGAGGAUUCAUGAAGAAAAUGGAUGAGCUUUAUCGAGUGGAGCCAGAAGAUGAGAUGAAUGGAGGAGAGAUCCUUGCCAAGCGAUAUGGAGGCUUCAUGAAGAAAGAUUCUGAUGAUGAUGCAUUGGCCAAUUCAUCAGACCUGUUGCUAAAAGAGCUGCUGGGAACAGGGGACAUCUCUGAAGCAGGGCACUACCGAGAAGGUAAUGAGAAUGAAGAGGAAAUGAGCAAGAGGUAUGGGGGCUUCAUGAGAAGCUACAAGAGAAGUCCAGAACUAGAAGAUGAAGCAAAAGAGCUACAGAAAAGAUACGGGGGCUUUAUGAGAAGAGUUGGAAGGCCUGAAUGGUGGCUGGAUUACCAGAAAAGAUAUGGUGGAUUUCUUAAGCGCUUUGCUGAUUCCCUUCCUUCAGAUGAAGAGGGAGAAAGUUAUUCCAAAGAAAUUCCAGAAAUGGAGAAGAGAUAUGGAGGAUUUAUGAGAUUUUAAUACCUUUUCCCAUAAGUUUCAAAAUGCCCUACCCAGUUUUCCUUUGGAAAGACUGCUUCAUUGAUCACAUUUUAUUGUAAGGUGUUGCUUGCACUGUACAGUUUUUUACUGUUUUGUUAACAAUACACCCUUCAAUCUGUUAUUUAAGUUUUGGUGUUCUUUCAAAUGUCUGUAAUUUCUGUUCUGGUACAAUUUAAGCUAUGCUGGUAGUUCUCAAGCUAAUAAUGUUUUUGUUCACUUGUCCUUUACUUUAAACAAAAUAUCUAUAAAUGCUUACUUGUACAUAGAUAGAAUAAAUUCCUCAUGCCAACUGCAUAAUGUGCUUAGAAGUGUCUGCUUUCCACAUUAUGUUCAACUACCCUGAAGUUUGCAUCAUCCCAUACUGAAACCCAUACUAUAAAGCAGUAAACAGAUAAGUUCUGGGCAACCUCAGACCAUUGGUCUACAUUUCAACAGGGAGCUGGGGCAAAAAAAGAAAGAAAGAAAAUGAUUCUCCAUUUAAUUUGAUACAAUUAAUGCCUCUGUUAAGUAAAAAAAAAUAUGGGAAUGAAAAUGAUCCUAUUGUUGUUCUCAUUUCUGAAAAUGAAUUGCAUUAAAAGAAUCCAAAGCUUGUUAACUCCAGCUCUGACCUUGCAUAUACCAAGAUCUUGAGUGUUCUGCAUUUAAAAUCAGCUGUUAACAUUUUAUAUUUAAUGCACACUGUUAAGACUAAAAAGGACCUUUGAGGUUAUUUAGCAUAUCUUUCUCAUUUUAAAGAUGAAGAAAUGGGGGGCCAAAAAGUUUAAGUGAUUUAUCUAAGAUUAUAGAAUUCACUAGUGGCAACUCAGAACAUAGGUGUCCUGCCCAAAUAUAAUGUUGUCCCCCAAACAUUACACUGCCCUUCCAUCUGCCUUGCUUUCAGGUACUUUUACAUUCAUGUCAAUGGCAAUUGGUGUUAAAUCAUUAAACAAUUAAGUAUUCAUGAAGUACCUGUUCAUAUAAAGCUUUCUGCUAGGUCCUUUGAGGGUUAAAAAAGGACAGAAGGCAUGGUCUCUGACUUAUGGCUGCAUGCUCCUAAGUGAUAUUGUUAAAUAAAGCACCAACACUGAA